GCAGCAAAUUCAAAUCUUGUUUUUCUCAAAGAUUCUGAGUCCAUCAUCAUCAUCAUGUUCCACCACACUAACACCUUCAACCUUUUUCAAUACCCCAACAUGAACAUCAACAUGAACAUGAACAUGUCUAUUUGUCACCCUACUUCUAUGAUGGAGGCUCAUUCCAAUUCUGAUACUAUUAAGAACCUAAAUAUGAGUCUAAGUUCCACAUCGACUAAAAAUGAGAAAGUAAAACGGUUAACUGUUACCACACCUUUCGACGGAGGAUCAUCCCUUGGAGGCUUUGCUAAUGAUCACUGUCGCCAUUCUGUGACGUUGGAACCAAACAAAACAACCAUUGAUGCUUUGCAUGGGUACGAGAAAAACACCGUCAUAUGUAAAUUUUCACAGAAAACCAUGUUGGUUCAUCCAUCUCAAGCUUCAUCUUCCAAAUCAUUACCCUUUUCUCUUUUUAACAAGUGUGAAUUAUUGAUGAGUGAAUGUCCCUGGAACAGUAAUCAAAAUGCAGAGGUGAAAAAGGAUACCAACAUUGCUAAUCAUGACAUAAUCAAAGGGCAAUGGACUCCUGAAGAAGAUAGAGCUCUUGUGGAAUUGGUGAAUCAAUGGGGAACCAAGAAAUGGACACAAAUUGCAAGAUCAAUAGAGGGCAGAAUUGGGAAGCAAUGUCGAGAAAGAUGGAAUAACCAUCUUCAGCCAAACAUUAAGAAGGGAUCAUGGAGUUUGGAGGAAGACAUGAUUUUGAUCAAAGGGCAUCAAGAAUUUGGAACAAAAUGGUCGAAGAUUGCAAAGAGAAUGUGUGGUCGGAGUGAGAAUGAUAUAAAGAAUCGUUGGAAUGCCACCAUGCGACGCCAAAACUGCAACAAGAACAACCAAGGUAACUACAAAGGCUCAAUGCUCCAUGCCUAUGUUAAAUGGGUCACUGCAACCCAACAAUCUGCAAAACUUCUCUCAAACAAAAACAAUCAAAAUGUGCUUGGAUGCAGUUGUGAUGAGCUGGCUCUUUUGUUGACCUAGCUUCGGUGUUGAAUAAAAUAGGUUUAAUUAGUCGGAUGAUAAUCAAUUUUGUUCGAAUAUGUUACU